AUGAAAAGGAAAGAAGACUAUGGCAGCAUAAAGGGUGACCAGGGUAUCCUUAAAUAGCUCUCCAAAUCGAACAUCUUUUAUAGUUCUUGCCUUUUGUAAUUUUUCCUUUCAUUUUGCACACGCAAGAAUAAGGUGCUUUAAUUUGCAUCUCUUUAAUAACAAUUAGAAGUUCUAAUUUAGAACCACAACAACGAAAAAAUAAUUACUAAUAAGAAAAAAAUGGUGAAAGACAGGACAAUUGGUGUGGCAAUGGAUUUCUCAAAUAGCAGCAAAGCAGCUCUAAAAUGGGCUAUUGAUAACUUGGCUGAUAAAGGUGACACCUUUUACAUCAUCCAUAUCAAGAAUCAUUCUUCUAAUGAAUCUCGUAAUAAGCUGUGGGCUGAGUCUGGUUCUCCUUUGAUUCCGUUGGUGGAGUUUAGGGAGCCAGAAGUGUUGGAGAAAUAUGGUGUGGAGAUUGAUAUUGAACUUCUUGACAUGCUUGAUACUGCAUCUAGGCAGAAAGAGAUAAAAGUUGUGACCAAACUAUACUGGGGAGAUGCUAGGGAGAAACUGUGUGAAGCUGUUGAAGAUAUGAAGUUGAAUUCUUUGGUUAUGGGUAGCAGAGGCCUUACUACCCUCCAAAGGAUAUUUAUGGGAAGUGUGACCAACUAUGUAAUGUCUCAUGCAACCUGCCCUGUCACUGUAGUCAAGGAUCCUGAUUUCCACAAGCAUUGAUCAAGAAUUAUGGGUUGAAUGUGACUGACAAAUUCGACUUAUGAUAUGCUGGUUGAAUAAAAUGAUAAUUGUAAAAUGAUUUUAUUUUUUUCUUUUUGCUGGUUUCAAUAACUAAUAUAAAAUUGGUGAUCUGUUCUUAUUUGUC